AUGGAUACUAAAAAUCAAGAAAAUUCGACCUCAGACAAUCCUACUGCUACCGCCAGUAAUGCUUUGAACUUGAUGUGGUCGUUUGGGAUAAAUAGAAAUAUCCCAGUGGUUAAUAUGGCUUCUGAUGAUAGAAAGAUUGUCCUCUAUGCCACUGCUCAUACUGGGGUAUUAUACGAUUACGAGACCAAUAAGCAACAACUUCUGCAAGGACAUUGCAACAGUAUAUCAUGCAUUUGCGUAAGCAACGAUAAACGUUGGGUUGCCAUUGCUGAUCAAGGAAAAGAUCCAACCAUUGUUAUUUGGGAUGCUCAAAACAUGCUUAUCUAUCUUGAUGAUACCAGAGUUCCAGUGCAAACCUUUUUUGAUCCUCAUAAAAACGGUGUUUUGGCAAUGACGUUAUCAAAUGAUUCGAAAUAUCUAGCAACAUUGAGUGCAUCUCAACCACAGGAACUUUGUGUCUGGGAUUGGACUUCUGCGGAUAACAACUUAUUACAUACAUUGCAGCUAGAUGAGGAUAUCCCAUUACAAACACAUAUAUCUUUCAGACCAGAUGAUAAUCGCAUGUUGAUUAGUAAUAGCGAACGUCAAGUAGUAUUUUAUUCAUGGCAAUUUAAUGAACUACUUUACGAUGUCCCAUCAUUAACUGAUAAGGAUUUCAAUAGAACCGUUGGCAAUUAUUGUCAAUCAGUAUUCAUACGUAAUGUUAUCCGAGCUUUUACAGCAACGAGUGUCGGUAAUAUUGUUGUUUGGGAUAAUAAAGGAAAGGAUAAAAGAGGCUUACCGCUAAAGAAAGCUUUGAAAAUUGUUCGUGUACAAGAAAAAGCAAUUACCUACUUAACUACAAUCGGAAAUUAUAUUGUGACCGGUGAUUGCUUGGGCCAUGUUAAAUUUUAUGAUACCGAAAUGAGACUAACGAACUGUGUUGAUCUCGAACGUAACGAAUACCCAAGAGACGCAACCAUCCAUGGGAGUACAUUUGUAAUCCCAAAUUUUAUUGUUUCAACAAGUCUAGCUCAAAUCGCACAUAUUGUAUCAGAUGGUAGUCAUGUGGAGAUUCUUAUUAAAGGGCAUGAUACCGCUAUAAAUGCAUUAGCAACUCAUCCAACAGAACCGCGACUAGCAAUUGGAAGUAAUUCUGCCACUCUUGAAAUAUGGAAUUAUAAUACCAAGCAAAUUUUACGCAAUAGAAUUUUUGAUAAGCCAACCUUAAUUCAGUGUAUUGCUUUCGAUCCUAAAGGGGCUUUCAUUGCUUGUGGCUUUACAAAUGGAAUAAUUAGAAUUAUGGAUGCAAUUACAUUGGAGGAUUUGCCUCAAGCAAUCUUCAAAUAUAGUAAAGAUAGCAUUAGCCAUGCCUGCUUCUCUCAUGAUUGCAAAUAUCUAGCUACCGCGGAUGAUGACUUUGCAGUAUCGGUUUAUAAAUCACAAUUAAAAAAUAAAGAUGAACCAUGGGUAUAUUUAGGCAGACAACGAGCCCACUACAAAUCUAUCAAAGGCUUAAUGUUUGGCAUCGCUUUAGAUACUAAUUUGCCUCGAUUAAUUUCUAUUGGCAAAGAUCGUGUCCUUGUGGAAUAUGAUCUCAAUAAAAGCAGUAAAGAUGACUUACAAAUGCUGAGCACUGACAGAAUUGAACAGAGUGCUAUACCAACAUGUAUUACUUGGUAUCCUCCGAUUACUAAGGAGAAUUUCUUACUACUUGCUAAUGAUCAGUUUAAGUUGAAAUUAUACAAUUCAACUACAAAGAUGUGUCGUAAGACAUUACUAGGACCAACUUAUGGUAGUCCAUUGCAAAAAAUGGAAAUAUUACUACAAGAAAAUCCUAAUGGGAAUCGUUAUUUGGCUUUUAUUACUAAUGAUAAGGUUGGUUUACAAAUAUUACCAAUUGACGGUAACCCUCAUCGAACAAUGGCUCUAAUGGCCCAUCCUGGUCGUGUUACCAAUAUGGCUUGUUCUUAUGAUGGUCAGCAUAUUUUCACCUCAGGCGGUUCAGAUUCUACAGUUUUUAUGUGGAAAACCAAUAUCGAAGCUCUCGAAGCAGCUGUUCAUCUUGGCGGCGAAGAUAUGGUACCAUUCUAUAAUUUAAUGGAUGGAGGCCGAGAGGGUGAACUCUUCGCCGAACUGGAAAACUAUUUCUACUAUGCCCAGAUUAGAACUCAAGGUAUCGACACCAUGGAGUCGAGAAAAGUCUCAACUAAAGUUGCAUUGAGACAAAUACCUUACAUUAUGCGAGCUUUAGGUUUCUAUCCUACCGAACAAGAGAUUGAUGAUAUGGUCAAUGAAAUUAAAUUCAGUGAAUACAUUGAAACUGAAAAAUUUGUUGAAGAAAUAGACCUAGAAUCUUUAAUUAAGUUGUACAUUAAUCAUCGACCGGCUUUCGGUAUACCACCUGGUCGUCUAAAUGAGGUAUUUAAAAUCCUUGGCAUUGAACAGAAUGGUCAAUACACUAUCGAUCGAGGAGAUUUACUAAAAGUAUUGCAGAGCAAAGGCGAGCAUAUUACUGAAUCUGAGCUAGCAGAAUGCUUUGGAACUCUGUUAGGAUACUCUGAUAUUGGUGGAAGUCUGGAAACUGCCUCUUACUAUCCGACCGAUAAUAGUGAAACAUUAUUGGAAGAGCAGCUAUCUGAAAACAUAUCAGCUAAUACAUUUGCAGAGCAGGUGCUUGGCUUUCCUAUAUCCGUCGAUCAAACUGAAACUCAAAAUGAAGCUAAUUCUAAUUAA